UUUUAACUUCAAAGCAAGUUCCAUGCAAAGGUCCCUCCUCUGACGCUUAAUUGUUCAGGUGUUAUCUUCUAAUGCUCUGUAUUUUUUGAAGUGGACUAGACGAGACACGUCAGCGUCGAUGGCCGUCUUAUGGCUUGAGAUGAAUCAUGAGCCAUCCAUCACCCAUCACCUCCAAAACAAAACACUGCGCACAGUCUGCAAAGUUUGAAAAGAACAUUUCAGGGUUAAAAAGGUUAGGUCAGGUUAAAAAGAAGGGUACGAAAAGAAGAAAUACUACAACAAGAAUGCAAUAAUUAGAAGCAGUCCAAAAGAUAGUAAGAAAGAGAAGGAGCCGGACAGAGGGAGCAAGGUGUCUUCUUACACCAAGAGUGAAGAGUCCAGGCCAGCUCCCAAAAUAAGUCCUGCAAAGUCUCAUAAAUUAUUUUGAUUGAGAGCCUCAUAAUAUUUUUCAUACAAUAAUUUAAUCGGACUUAUUGUUAAUCGCAGUACAGAUAUUAAAAUUCAUAAAGUCUUAUUCACGAUAGAGUUUAAUUAGAUAGGUUGACUUGUUGGACAAAGUCUGUUACAUCUUCCAUAGUGAUAAGUGAAAACAAUAAAAAAUAUCGCUUCUCUUCAAAAGAUGAGUUUAAGAUAAAAGGUGACUCCGUCAAACUGAGUAAUUAAGCACCUGCCGCACGUCACAGGACCCAAACAUUGUUGCAGUCUGAAGCUAUGGCAACGCGUCUAUAAGUGUGCCAUAAGUGCGCCAAAGUCAAACUCCGACAAUCCUUGUUUUUCAAAAAUGACCACAAAGCAAACAAGAGUGGACUUCCAGAGCUUCGAUAUGUGGCACGACUACAUGAACCUGAACACGCUCCUGGUGCGCGACCGGCAGCCGAUGGAGCUUGGAGACACACAUGAGCCCAGGAAGGAGCCCGUCCAGCAGACGCGCAACAUCCAGGCUUCACUCGAUGGAAAGAAAUGGAAAACGUCCUCAGAGACUAGGUCAGUCAGCAGCAGCAGUCUGUCGGACACGAGCAGCUGCAGCAGGACCUCGGAGGACCUUUGCCGCUUCUGCAGGCAGAACGGGGAGUCUCCUCGCGUGUAUCGGUCCCACGCACUUAGAUCAGACGACGGUAAGGUGACCUGCCCCAUCCUGUGGAGCUACACCUGCCCCAUCUGCGGGGCCAGCGGGGACCACGCUCACACACGCAGGUACUGUCCACAGAGGGAAAAGAGGAUGGAGGCAGAGACGGAGCUGCAGGUUUUCAAGUUCUGGUAACUUGAGAGACUCGGGUGACAAUAACAAAAACUGUACAUAAUUACAAAAAAAAAAGAAAGUUCUGGACAUGUGUUCAGUUUUACCCCAAAAGCUGUGACUAAGUUACUUUGUUGUAACGAUCAAAAAUGAUUUUCUUGAAGCUUGUUUCUGUUUUUUUUGUCAAAAUAUGUUUGAGUCCAAGUCUGAUGCAGGCAGUUUGAAGAGUUCAGCCUGUCACUGUAAGAAAAAAAAAAGUUCAUUAAAGAAAAGCUUCAGUUAUGCACGAGGAUGACUGAUAUAGUAAUAGUUCACGUGCCAAAGGUCUAUUUUGUGUUUGUUUACUAACAGCAAUGGACACACGCGACUUGUUCUGAAAGCUUUAUCAAAACAAAAAUAAA